AUGAUUGACUGAUGAUUGGUGUCCAUCUAGCUAUUUGCCUUACUGUCUUGACUAACAAAAGCCCAUAACACAGUAGCUGGGCUGUAUGCACUGCCCGUCAGUGCUACAUCAUGAGACCCUACAGUGCAGCUCUCCUACUCUGCAGCCUCUUCUCUGCAGUGUUUGCAGAUGCAUUAGACGAAUACACCAAGACAGAAGGGGCAUGGAUCUUGCCUCUCACUAAUAAAAAAUAUACAGAAGCCACAGUUCUUCAAUGCGCUGCCUAUUGCGACAAGGAAUUAACUUUCACCUGCAGGUCUUUUGUAUAUACUGAGAAGGAUCAAGAAUGUGUGACUACGUCAGCAAACUCGAAAACAGAGACAAUGUUGAGGAGGAUGGGCACGGUCUUGUACGAAAAGAAGGAAUUUUUACGUGAGUGCAAGGAUGGCACUGGAACGGACUACAGAGGGAUAAAAUCCAAAACACAGACAGGGAAGAUUUGCCAGGAAUGGGGGUCCACCUUCCCACAUAAACCCAAAUUCACGGCGGAAACGCACCCCUCCGCCGGUCUGGAGUCCAACUUCUGCCGGAACCCUGAUGGGGACAGCUCGGGGCCCUGGUGUUACACAACCGAUUUAACCACAAGAUGGGAAAACUGCGGCAUCCCUGACUGCAGCGAGGAAUGCAUACACUGCAGUGGAGAGGACUACAGAGGCAAAGUCUCCAAAACAGAGAGCGGCUUCACCUGCCAGCGCUGGGACUCCCAAAAACCACACACUCACGGUUACCUCCCUCAAGUCCUCCCUGACAAGUACCUGGAGGAGAACUUCUGCAGGAAUCCGGACGGAGAGCCCAGGCCAUGGUGUUUCACCACCAGUCCCACCAAGCGUUGGGACUUUUGCUCCAUUCCCCGCUGUGCCUCUGAACCUCCCACGAUUGUGGAGGAGCUGACCUGCGCCACCGGGGACGGCAGUGCCUACCGGGGCAUUGUCGCUGUGACGGAGACGGGGAAAACCUGCCAGGUCUGGGCAUCGCAGGAGCCGCACAAACAUUCCAGGACUCCAGAGAACUACCCGUGCAAGGGGCUCACAUUGAAUUACUGUAGAAAUCCUGACAACGAGAGGAUGCCUUGGUGCUACACGACAGACUCCGGCACUCGAUGGGAGUACUGCAAGGUGCCAACCUGUGGAAAUGAACCUGGGCCGGACGAGCCCGUCAGUGGUCCAAUGGUGGACUGCUAUGAGGACAAUGGCCAGUCUUACCGUGGCCUCACGACGGAGACCGUCAGCGGGAAAAAGUGCCAGGCCUGGAGCUCCAUGGUGCCACACAGUCACCAAAAGACCCCGAAGAACUUCCCAGACGCAGACCUGAGGAGGAAUUUGUGCCGGAACCCUGACGGCGACCGCGCUCCUUGGUGUUACACUACUGACCCCUCUGUCCGGUGGGAGUACUGCAAGGUGGACCGGUGUGUGACGAAGCCCGUUGCGCCUGAGGUCCAGUCCGACCCCGUGCCCAAACCGACCCAAGGCUCAUCAGCCCCUGAUGCCAAAGAUUGCAAGACCGGCAACGGAGCCGAUUACCGAGGCCCCACGUCCAUGACGGCGCUGGGCGUGACCUGCCAGGCUUGGAGUGCCAUGACCCCCCAUCACCACAGCAGCUUCACCCCCAUGACACACCCGUCCAAGGGCCUGGAGUCCAACCAAUGCCGAAACCCUGACGGCGAUGGGAACGGACCGUGGUGCUACACAACGGACCCAAACAAGAAGUGGGACUACUGCCAAAUCCCAGACUGCUCCGGUAUGGAGUGUGGACAGCCCAAGGUGAAGCCUCGGAAGUGCUUUGGCCGAAUCGUCGGAGGAUGCGAAUCCAAACCCCAUUCCUGGCCUUGGCAAAUCAGCCUCCGCACCAGGUUUCACCAGCACUUCUGUGGAGGGACACUGAUCAAGCCACAGUGGGUUGUGACUGCUGCGCAUUGCCUGGAGAAAUCAAGUAGUCCAUCUGCCUACAAGGUGUAUCUUGGAAUCCACACAGAGAAAGCUGAUGAGACAACCAAGCAAGUGCGAGAUGUCCAAAAGUUGAUCCUGGGACUCAACAAAGCUGAUAUUGCACUCCUCAAACUAGACAGACCUGCCAUCAUAAACGACAUGGUGCUGCCUGCCUGCUUGCCUAAGAAGGACUACAUUGUGCCAAGUGGAGCAGAGUGCCAUGUGACUGGAUGGGGUGAAACCAAAGGCACUGGGGCAGAGGGUUUGCUGAAGGAAACCGGUUUCCCCGUCAUCGAAAACAAGGUGUGCAACCGCGCCGCGUACCUGGCCGGCAGAGUGAAGGAUCACGAGAUGUGCGCGGGAAACAUCGAGGGCGGCACAGACAGCUGCCAGGGUGACAGCGGCGGCCCUCUCGUGUGUUAUUCGGACAACACCUUCGUCUUACAGGGAGUGACGUCCUGGGGUCUGGGCUGCGCCAACGCCAUGAAGCCUGGGGUGUACACCAGAGUCUCCAAAUUUGUGGACUGGAUAGAUCUACAGAUCAGGAUUAAUCCAUAACUGUGUCAAUCCCAUAUCAGUGAUCUUUGAAUAAAAUGCAUAAAAGAAAUUAUGAAUACAUAUGGAAAACCUUGGAAGCUGCUUCAUUGAACCUCAUAAUACUGCACAUCCUUUAGGUUUAAUCUAUUCAAGCUGCUGAAUAAAAUUAAAUAAUUGAUCCAACGCUGUUGGGUUGACAUUGAAAAA